AUGCCACCCAAGCGAGCCUCCCGAACACCGCAGCCAGCCCCCCAACGCGUAUAUGACCUUCGGAAAACGCACAUUCCUCGCAUAUCCCCCCCUCCGGAGGAAGGCUAUCAAGGGAGGAAAAAUACCAAUGGGGUAUAUGUUCCUCGUGCUGCUGCCACUAAAGCUGCAGCCAUACGUCGACGAGCAGCUGCCGCUCGAGCUGCACGUGCAAAUGAAGAAGCCGAUGCGUCUCCUGGGCUGCCGCAAACACGUUUAAGAACUCUGAAUAGACGCUCUACAACCCCCCAGGCACGCCGUUCAGCUACUCCUGGAAAAAGAGUGCAGUUUGCACUGCAAAAUGCCCAGCCGAAGCCAUCAUCUGCAGCCAAAUCCAACGCGUCAUCUCAAAAGGAAGCCUUGCACCGUAGGGCUGCCUCUACGAGUACUGAGCCUGAAACCACUGAAGCAGAUGAGGCAUCAGAGGCCUCAUAUGAUGAAGAGGAAGUAUAUGAAGAAGGGGUGAAUGAGGAUCAUGAUGAGAAUGGUCCAGAAGACGAAGAAAGUGGACAAAUGGAUGAUGAGGGGAGUGCUGAUGAGGAUGACAAUCUACCCUCCAUAGAUGACCGGGAUGUUGAUACUGAAGAGGAGGCCUCUGCCCGGGCGCUCUAUGAUGCCAAAGAGAAGUAUAGAGAGCUUAUUGGACGACGUGUUCUAGAUGAAGCCCGGCGCCGCUAUCCAGAAGGCGUACAACGGCAGCCUCGAGAAGUUGAGACUUCAGAUUUGGAAGCAGCAUUAGAGGAUGCCAUGAGAGCUGCAGACUAUCCUGUAGGCAUCAUCCUGAAUAUUCGCAUCAACAAGAAGCCAUAUGUGAAGAAGAGCUUGCCUGAUAGUCAGCGCCGUUCCUUCAAUAUGGAGGAUGUUGAAAAGGCCUUUCUAAGUGCCAUUGCUCCAACGGUUGGAGAGGAAGAGUAUCAAAUCAUGGCUCGGAGAGUUACCGUCAAACACUCUUCUGGGCGUGGUGGCACCACCCACCAUGAUUUUGAUGAUUUUGACACUGCUAACGGCAGCCAUAUACUAUCAAUUAUAGAUAAACACCAUAGUCGCCAUCGGACAGGCAUGAUUGAAGCCCAUUUCGAUAUAAACGUCCAGUGUGAUGCCAUCUUACCAACACCGAAGCGUUCACGGCAGCCAGAGCCCCCUUCUUCAGACAUACCGAGCUCCCCCCCUUCCUUCCCUCCAAAAAAGCGCCAAAAUCGAUCAAGUCGCCUGCAAGAGCAGCAUAGUACUCGGCUUGAUACCAUUCGUGUUGCUGGCAACUUUCAACGCCAGUUGAUGGACCGUUGGCGUUGUCACGAUCCAAAUUGCACAAACAAGGAUAACUACUGCUUUCCUGAUCCAACCGAGCGUACAAAGCACUUUAAUAUCACUGCUGUACAGCAUGAAGCAUGGGCAAAUGCUAUAUCAAAUGGUGAAGCUACUAUUCAAAAUCCUCCGGUCAAAAUGCUUCGCUAUUGGGAGGAGCAUCAGGGUGCUUUAAAUAGACAGUCCCGCCAACCAGCCCGCCAAACUUUUAUCCAACAAACGAAGUCAUCACUUGAGCGAUUAGCUGAAAUGCAGCAGCAAAUGCAUGAGCGGAUGUUGGAGGCUCGUAUGUAUGAUCAAAUGGAUGCCCUGGAGGAAAAACAGGAGCGCAGGGAGGAGAGAAAUGAGCGAAGGCGUAUGGAGCAAGAACGACGUGAGCAUGAGCUGGCACAUGCACGCUUGAUGUACAUGCCUCCCCACUAUGCAGCCAUGCCAUACAGCCAUGGCCAGUCUCCCCGGCCAAUGAUGCCUAUUUCAGGCCAAUAUCCUGCAGCGCAAUAUCCUCGCGCUCCAAUUACUCCUCAGGCGGCCUCUCGGGCAUCCCAAAAACGCCGUUCUAGCCCAAUUGAUGAGACAACAGAUGAGUAUGAGCUGCUUGAGUCUUUUUUCUAUUGGAAGAAUGUCAACACGCCAAAUCCACGCCAAAAAGAGAAGUGGAAUCAAGUGAAGGAGAUUGUAUUUCAAAAUGAUUGGACGAUACAGGAUUUAAAGGACAUGGAGGAUGACGCCAGCCCCAUGUAUCAGCGUGCUAUAAAGGCAGGCAUCUCAGAUGGCUUCACUCGCCUUAUUCAGCGGGAGCUGCAGGCAUUCAAACGUGAUGUUCGGCGUCAGAAAGAAGCUCAUGAGGAAGAGCUUCAAGCUAUUGCCACUUUGGGUCAGCUAGGCCAUCAAACAGACAUUGAAGGAUCGGAAUUUAUGCGAUAUACCUGA